AGUCUUGUUGCCGCUUCCAGGCGGCGUCGGACCUGUCUGAGCUCGAACCCCCAAGAACCCUCUCUUCCUCUGUACGGAAUCGUCGUUCCUCUCUACCUCUUUACUUUUCUGAUCGUAGGUUGUUCUCCUCGUCUGUUCCACGACCCGGCAGUGUGACAGUCAUUGAAUUUUGAGUGGCCAAUUUCAUCCACGAGCGUGGCGAGACGGAGAGAUGUCGAAGACGCUGGUGCAGCCCAUAGGGCAGAAGAGGCUGACGAACGUCGCGGUUGUUCGGCUCAAGAAGCAUGGGAUGCGCUUCGAGAUAGCCUGCUACAAGAACAAGGUCCUCUCCUGGCGCUCUGGAGUGGAGAAGGAUAUAGAUGAGGUUUUGCAGUCUCAUACAGUUUAUUCCAACGUGUCAAAAGGAGUUCUGGCGAAGUCGAAGGAUCUUAAGAAAGCAUUUGGAACUGAUGAUCAAACAAGAAUUUGUUUGGAGAUUUUGCAAAAGGGAGAGCUGCAAGUUGCAGGAAAGGAAAGGGAGAUCCAAUUCGCUAGUCAGUUUAGGGAUAUUGCCACAAUUGUUAUGCAGAGAACCAUUAAUCCUGAAACUCAACACCCUUAUACGAUUAGCAUGAUUGAGCGUCUCAUGCAUGAGAUUCAUUUCGCUGUUGAUCCAAAUAGCAACUCAAAGAAGCAGGCGCUAGAAGUUAUCCGUGAGCUUCAGAAACACUUCCCAAUAAAAAGAGCGCCUAUGAGGCUAAGAUUCACAGUGGCCGAACAUAAUUUUUCUUCUCUCCUCGAAAAGCUCGACACUUGGAAUGCCAGCAUUAGUUCAAAAGAUGAAAAUGGAAAUCAAAUAUCUCUUAUAUGUGAAAUAGAACCAGGCUUCUAUCGAGAUUGUGAAACCUUGAUGAGAAAUCUGCAGGGUAGAGUGGAAGUGCUAGCAUACUCUGUCCAUGCAGAGGGAGACACGCAAGUGGAGCACUAUGAUGAACAUGAAGAAGCCCCACAACAAAUUCCUGAUUCCGAUGAUUCUGUGCUCAAGCUGAGAGAGAAAAUGCAGAAACAAACUAUCUCUUCCGGAAAGGGGGCAAGCACCGAGGGCGAGGUAAAGCAGAACAAGUGCAGCACAUGCAAUACAGUCGUGGGUGACUCGAAGCAAUAUAGAGAACAUUUCAAGAGUGACUGGCACAAGCACAAUGUUAAGAGAAAGGCUCGAAACCUCCCUCCCCUUACUGCAGAAGAGUGCUUGGCUGAUUUGGACUUGGACGACUCGAAAGCCGACUUGAAGGAAUACUCUUUUUAAGCUUAGUUCGAACUGUGAUGGAUAUCGGCUGACAAUAUACUAUGCAUCUUCAGGAUGAGAUACUAUGCAGAAUCAAGUGUUCGAGAAGCUUUUUUGAGCCGGGUUUAGUAGAAUAAUUUUGUUCUGUUCUCCGGUGUUCUACUUUUUUGCAUUAUAGGUUAGAUUAGAUUUAUAUAGACAGAUAUUUUUUGAGUGGGAAACUUUUUGUAAGUUCAGAUGACUUCUUUAAGGAACUUGAAGUGUUAAGGCUAAUAGUUAAUGGAGUGUUUCAUCCCACUGCAA